CCCACGCAUUGGCGCGCUUCGCCUCUGCCCGUGGCUCUCUGCUCCUCCCCGGCUGGUUGGCUGAUGGUUGGUGGUGGCGGCAGCGGUGGACUGACUGACUGACUCUGAGUGACUGACUGACCGAGUUUAGCGGGCUGUGAGUGAAAACCCGGCAGACAUGAGUGCGGCGGGUUCUGCUCGUCCCGGUUCGUCCACCGGCCCCGUCCAGCAGGGACUGAAAGAGGCUCUGAUGGAGACACUGACGGCCAUCCUGUCCCCGGCUCAGGAGGUGCGCGCCGCCGCGGAGGAGCAGAUCAAAGUCCUGGAAGUGACAGAGGAGUUUGGCGUCCACCUGGCAGAACUCACAGUUGACCCUCAGGGAGCUCUCGCCAUCCGUCAGUUGGCAUCGGUCAUCCUGAAGCAGUAUGUGGAGACUCACUGGUGUUCCCAGUCAGAGAAAUUCAGGCCUCCAGAAACCACAGAUCAGGCUAAAGCCGCCAUCAGGGAGCUGCUGCCAGGUGGUUUGCGGGAGUCGAUCAGCAAAGUCCGCUCCAGCGUUGCAUACGCCGUGUCCGCCAUCGCCCACUGGGACUGGCCCGAGGCGUGGCCACAGCUGUUCACCCUCCUGAUGGAGAUGCUGGUCAGCGGCAACGUCAACGCUGUGCACGGGGCCAUGAGGGUCCUCACAGAGUUUACUCGGGAGGUGACUGACACACAGAUGCCGCUGGUGGCUCCAGUCAUCUUACCUGAGAUGUACAAGAUCUUCACCAUGGCCGAGGUUUACAGUAUCCGCACCCGCUCCAGAGCAGUGGAGAUAUUCACCACCUGUGCCAACCUCAUCUGUGCUAUCGAAGAGCUGGAAAAGGGUGCAGCCAAAGCGCUGAUCUUCCCCGUGGUUCAGCAGUUUACAGAAGCGUUUGUGCAGGCCCUGCAGAUGCCUGAUGGACCCUCGUCUGAUAGCGGCCUCAAGAUGGAAGUCCUGAAGGCAGUGACUGCGUUGGUGAAGAACUUCCCCAAACCCAUGGUGUCGUCCAUGCAGCAGAUUCUCCCCAUCGUGUGGAACACCCUGACCGAAAGUGCAGCUUUUUAUGUAAGAACAGAAGUCAACUACACAGAGGAAGUGGAAGAUCCAGUUGACUCUGAUGGUGAGGUUUUGGGCUUUGAGAACCUGGUGUUCAGCAUCUUCGAGUUUGUGCACACGCUGCUGGAGAACAACAAGUUCAAGAGCACGGUGAAGAAAGCUCUGCCUGAACUCAUCUACUACAUCAUCCUGUACAUGCAGAUCACCGAGGACCAGAUCAAAGUGUGGACGGCGAAUCCUCAGCAGUUCGUUGAGGACGAGGACGAUGACACCUUCUCCUACUCUGUCAGGAUCUCCGCUCAGGAUUUGCUGCUGGCUGUCGCUGCAGAGUUUCAGAAUGAGAGUGCAGCGGCGUUGGCAGCAGCUGCCACCAGACACCUCCAGGAGGCAGAGCAGGCCAAGAACAGCGGCAAUGAGCACUGGUGGAAGAUCCAUGAGGCCUGUAUGUUGGCCCUCGGCUCAGUCAAGACAAUCAUUACAGAGAAUGUGAAGAACGGUCGGAUCCAGUUUGACAUGCACGGUUUUCUGGCCAGCGUCAUUCUGGCCGAUCUCAACCUGGCAGCGGCGUCUCCGUUUCUCCUUGGCCGAGCUCUGUGGGCAGCCAGUCGCUUCACGGCAGCCAUGUCUCCCGAACUCAUCCAGCAGUUCCUCCAGGCCACCGUCAGCGGCCUCCACGACAGCCAGCCGCCCUCCGUCCGCAUCUCUGCAGUCAGGGCCAUCUGGGGGUACUGUGAUCAGCUGAAGCUGUCGGAGAGCACGCACGUCCUCCAGCCCUUCCUCCCCAGCAUCCUAGAGGGACUGGUCCAACUAGCUGCUCAGUUCAGCUCCGAGGUGCUGACUCUCGUCAUGGAGACGCUGUGCAUCGUCUGCACCGUGGACCCGGCCUUCACCACCAGCGCCGAGAAUAAGAUCUGCCCCCUCACCAUUGCUAUUUUCCUCAAAUAUAACAAUGACCCCGUGGUGGCGUCCCUGGCUCAGGACAUCUUUAAGGAGCUGGCACAGAUCGAGGGCUGCCAGGGGCCCAUGCAGAUGCGUCUCAUCCCCACGUUGGUCAGCAUCAUGCAGGCUCCCACCGACAAGAUCCCCUCCGGUCUUUGCGCUACCUCCAUAGACAUCCUGACCACAGUGGUCCGAAACACCAAACCCCCUCUGUCGGAGAUACUGGUGUGCCAGGCGUUCCCCGUGGUGGCGCAGUGCACCUUACGCACCGACGACAACACGAUAAUGCAGAACGGCGGCGAGUGCCUGCGGGCGUACGUCUCCGUUGCCCUGGAGCAGAUCGCUCAGUGGAGGGACGAGCAGGGGAACAGCGGCCUCUGGUACGUCAUGCAGGUGGUCAACCAGCUGCUGGACCCCCGGACCUCCGAGUUCACAGCCGCCUUCGUGGGCAGACUGGUGUCCACUCUAAUCUCUCGGGCGGGAACGGAGCUCGGGGAGCAGCUGGACCAGAUCCUCCGAGCAAUUCUGAGCAAGAUGCAGCAAGCGGAGACUCUAAGUGUCAUGCAGUCUCUGAUCAUGGUGUUUGCCCACCUGGUUCACUCUCAGCUGGAGCCUCUGCUGGAGUUCUUGUGUAGUCUGCCCGGACCAACGGGGAAGCCAGCGCUGGAGUUCGUCAUGACAGAGUGGAUGAGCAGGCAACACCUGUUCUACGGACAGUACGAGGGCAAAGUCAGCACGGUUGCCCUCUGUAAGCUGCUGCAGCACGGCCUCAACACAGACGACAAACGUCUCCAAGACAUCGUGGUGAAAGGGGAAGAAAUCUACAACCCUGACGACGGCAUCCGCACACGCUCCAAAUCUGCCAAGAACCCGGAGCGAUGGACCAACAUUCCUUUAUUAGUGAAGGUCUUCAAAUUGAUCAUUAAUGAGCUGUCGACUGUAGUGGAGGCGAACGCCAGCAGGGCCAACGCAGCGGACUGGAGCCAAGAUUCCAGCGGUAUGUGGGAGGACAACGAGGAGGAAGAGGCGGAGGAGGACGAUGAGGAGGAUGAAGGGUUGGCGGGGCAGCUACUUUCUGAUCUCAUCGCCUCUAACAAAUACGAUGAUGAUUAUUAUGAGGACGAUGAGGAGGACGAUCCAGAUGCCUUGAAAGACCCCAUAAAUCAGAUUGAUCUGCAGGCUUACCUCACGGACUUCCUGACACAGUUUGCCCAGCAGCCAUGUUACAGCAUGUUCUCAGGCCACCUCAACACAGCUGAGAGACAAACCCUGCAGUCAAUAGGCCUCUAGCCCUGCCGUCUGCUGCUCCAACACGUCAUCAUCUUCCAUCUACGACGCCACAGAUCGCUCUUCUAUUGCCCCCCUCACUUAUGCUCUUAAGACGAAUUUGCAACAUGGGAAGACAGAGGAAGCAAACAAGGUGGGAAGAGACUCAUGAACUUACCCAUAACUCCCCUGUUUCUUCAUACGUGUGACGAGAUGAAGGACCGCAGGUGUUAAAAGUGAGGAAGAUGACGAGGUAAGAGACUGCACAGGUCUGCGUGAAGGAGGUCGGAGGCCUCGCCGUUUUGGAGUAACUUCAUCAUGGACGAGAGGAUCGAAUGAAGACGUCACGGGUUCACAAAGAGGGCCAGAUGAACCGUGACAUAUGAACAGACUAUUUCAUCAUGACCUGUUUGUAAUUUAGCUUGUUAUUUUUUUUUGUGUUCCUGUAUGAAUUGAGCGAAAACACUUCCAAGUGACUUUACGUCGAUUUAAGAAAAACAAAAAACAUGCUGAUGUUUGAGGGGGAGAGAAACGGCCUUAUAUUCCAGAAAGCAUUGACUGUUUCCGAUGGGAAAUGAAAAGCUCGUAGACUAGCUGUCAUGUCUCGGGUACGGUGGGUAUUUGGGAAUUCACACUGUUGCCAUGGUGAUUCACAGCCUUGUCAUUUCCUUGUACCCAUUUGAAUUUGGGAUGGAAAAAUUUCUAAAUAAAAGCCCCAAAAGGACA